AUGACCGUCGAUGUUUCCCGCACCCUAGUCGCCAGAUUCGUCAUUGAAUUACUACUAAAAUGGCUCCACUGUCGUCUUAUGCCAACUUCUAGUUUGAAUCCACGUAUCAAAUCAGCAGCAUCAGAUUCCAGUUCCACGACAAUCAUCGACGAUCCGACAUCGGCUUCCGCUUCAGAAGAAGAAAGUCCAGCGAAGAUCGAGGCUAGGGUUAAGGUAAAGGUGUCGUUGAAGGUUUAUCAUAUACCGAAAGUACAAGUAGAAUUGAACGGGAAGGAAGGUGAAAUUAAAGAAUACGUCGUUGUUUGGAAAGAGAAGUAG